AUGCGUUCUUCACUAGUAAACCUGCUAGUCUGCACUUUUCUUGUCAAAGUUAGUAACAGUGAAAAUACCUUCGAGAACGUGACAGUUGUGCUUGCUCGUAAUGACGUACCAGAAGCAAAGGUAGCUACAUUUGACAGUCUUAAGGAAGUCAUUCCUGACGUAAAAGACGAGGUGACAAUCACUGGAAACGUUCCCAUCUUGUACGAAAACUCGAUCUUCGAUAUACCAAGUCUGUACAGUCUUGAGCUGUCUAACGUAGGUUUGGAAGAAAUCAAACCGGGAGCUUUUGGUAAUGUACCACUUUUGAACAAACUCGUCCUGAAUUCGAACAACCUGACAGAAAUCCAAAGUGAUACAUUUACCGAUCUAAAUGUAUCGAAUGUAGAUUUGUCAUCCAACUCAAUCUUCCUUCUACAACCAGGAGCCUUCACGAAUUUCAAAGCUGAUAACGUGACACUUGAAAACAACAACCUCACUGAACUUUCAUUUGGUGUUUUUGAAAAUGUUACUCUCGGAAUAUUAAAUUUGGAUAGUAAUUCUCUCUACACAAUCGCACCAAAAGCUCUGUCUGCACUUGGAUUGACAAGAUUGGAUCUGCUUGACAACAAUCUCGAGGAAAUCGAUCCGGAAGUCUUUGACCUGCAAGAAUUGGAAUCACUCGAUUUGGAUUACAACUUAAUCAAGUUUCUGCGACCUGGUGAUUUGAGAAACUUACCAGAGUUGAAGGAACUCUCGCUUUCGAACAACCAAUUGGAAGAAAUCCCAGAAGGAGUUUUUAACAACACCAAACUCACCAACUUGUAUCUAGCCAACAACAAGAUUGCUAAAAUUGCGAGUAAAGCUUUUGAUGGCAUGUUGGCGCUUAGAGUGUUGAAGAUUGACUCCAAUAAUCUAACCCAGUGGGAUGAUUGGCUGACAUCACCGUCUGCUUCUAUUUUAGUUCGUUUUAAUCAGAUUACUGAGAUUCCAGAUGAAGCUUUCAAGAACUAUUCUCGGUUGUUCAAUAUUAAUCUUCAAGGGAAUCGCAUUAGGAAGAUUUCAACUAAAGCUUUUCGGAAAUUGGAACAGAUUCGUUAUUUUAAUUUGGCCGAUAAUGAGAUUGAUAACUGGGAUCCAGAAACAUUGAGGAAUGUUAGCAUUGCUGGUUUGGAUCUCAGUGGAAAUAGGUUAAAGUGUAUUAAAGGAGAUUUGGAAACAAUUUUCAAGAAUGUUCAAAAGAUACGUUUGGAAAAUAAUCCUUGGAAAAAAGAGUGUGCUAAGAAGAUUGCGAAGUUACAGAAAAAAAAGAAGCAGAUACCCAUUUACAAUUUGUUCGAAUAUUGUGCUAUAAGAAAUAUUAACACUGAAAAAAUUACUUUUGAAAAUGUGACGGUUCAAUGGUAUGUCGGUGAUGAGAUCAAAGAAACGGUAUAUACAUCUGACAAUCUUAAGAAAAUCAUUCCUGAUGAAGAAGACGAAGUACGCUUGUGGAUCCAUGGCAGCAUUCCCAUCUUGUACGAAAAAUCGGUUUCCGAUAUACCAAAUCUGAACAUACUCAGCCUACCCGGUGUAGGUAUGGAAGAAAUCAAACCCGGAGCUUUUGGUAAUCUACCACUUUUAAAAGUUCUCCUUCUGGAUUCGAAUAACUUGACAGAAAUCAAAACUGAUACUUUUGUUGAUUUAAAUCUGUCUUACAUAGACUUGUCAUUCAACUCCAUCGUCCUUCUACAACCAGGAGCCUUCAAAAAUUUCAAAGCUGAACGCGUGGUUCUUGGUUACAACAAACUUACUGAACUUCCACGUGGUGUCUUCGAAAAUUUUACUCUUGAAAACUUGAUUUUAAGUGACAAUCUUCUCCACACCAUCGCACCAAGUGCUUUGUCGACAAUUGCAUUGAGAGGAUUGAGUCUGUUUGGGAACAAACUCGAGGAAAUGGAUCCAGAGGCGUUUGACAUGCAAGAAUUAAUAACACUCGAGUUGGGUGAUAAUUUAGUCAAGUUUCUGGAACCCGGUAAUUUGAGAAACUUACCAGAGUUGGAGAUACUUAGACUUCCGAGAAACGGAUUGAAAGAAAUCCCAGAGGGGGUUUUCAACAAUACCAAAGUCGCUGAGUUGGAUCUAAACGCAAAUAAGAUUGCUAAAAUCGCGAGUAAAGCUUUUGAUGACAUGCCAGAGCUUGAAAUAUUGUACAUUGACUCCAAUAAUCUAACCCAGUGGGAUAAUAAUUGGCUGAGAGGGGCAAAAUCACUUGCUCAUAUUUCAGUCAAUUUUAAUGAAAUAACUGAGAUUCCAGACGCGGCGUUCAAGAAUUAUCCUCGUAUGAAGAGUAUUAGUCUUCAGGGGAAUCAAAUUGGGAAGAUUUCAGCUAAAGCAUUUGAUAAGUUGGAACGCGUUGAUUAUGAUUUAAACUUGGCCUCUAACGAUAUUGAUAGUUGGAGUCCAGAUUUGUUGGGGAAUGUUAGUGUUGGUCGCUUGGAUCUCAAUGGAAAUAAGUUACAGUGUAUUGAAGGAGAUUUGAAGACGGUUUUCAAAAACGUUGAAGUUACAAAUUUGCAAAAUAAUCCUUGGAAUGAAGAGUGUGUUAAGAAGAUAGAGGAAGUUAUUAUAACGCCAGCGGAGUGA